UAGGUACAUUUGCAUCACCUGACUCCAGGUGAUACUGAAUAAAUAUUUGUUGAUUGAGGGGAGACUGUGACUGAGCAGUAUCGACAUUUUUGGAUUUACCAAGAAGUCUGGACAGUCAUUUGGUUCAUAGAAAAGUGUCCUGUUCAUUUCUGAUCCGGUGUUUGAUAAGAGGCAGAACUAUGGAGUAUCCUCUGGUGUGGGUUCUCAUUCUGGUGCUGCUCAACUUCACUACAGAUGUCUCUGGCCAGGUGGUGGUUCCCUCGAUGAACCCCUUAGAUGUGGGCAGUAAUGUCACCCUGAACCUAGUUCCCAAAAGCCCCAUCAACAUAGGGACCUGGUCAUAUGAAACUACAAUCAUCGUACUUUUCUAUCCUGGUGGCAGUAUUGUGAGUAAAAGUUAUCGAGGCAGAGUCUCAUUCAACCGUUCCUCCGCAGAGCUGUCCAUAAGCUCUCUCCAACUCAACGACUCAGGACGAUAUACCGUGCAGGGAAUGGAGCCAGUCCUGAAAGCUGUGGUGACUUUGUCUGUCCAGGAGCCCAUUUCAAACGUGACUCUAAGGGCCAACGCCACUGAUCUAGUAGAAUUGAACGACACUGCCAUGUUCACCUGCUCUGUCUCCUCUGGCACCUCCCUCUCCUACCGCUGGCUAAAUGGCAGCUCAGAGGUCACAGCCAGUGACCAUGUUCGGCUUGGUGGUGGGAACAGCACUCUCACCAUAGUCAGUGUGACACGAUACGAUGAAGGGCCGUUUAGAUGUGAGGUCACCAAUGGAAUCAGCAAUGGCACCAGCCAGCCCAUUGGCCUCAAUGUUAGAUAUGGCCCAAGUAACCUCACCAUGAUGGUAGUUCCUGAGAUGACCAUAGGACAUACAGCCUACAAGACGGGCUCUGACAUCACUCUGUCCUGCUCCGCUCAGUCCAAACCCGCUGAGUCCUACAAGUGGAGGUUUAAUGGAAUGUUCCUCAACGAGCAAAGCCCACAGCUCAGCCUGCAGAGCACCAGGGAGAACCAGACAGGAAGAUUACACCUGCUUAGCCUACAACAAUGUCACACUCCGAUACGCCACCAUGAGCACAAUGAUAAAGGUCAGCCGAUAUCAGCGGUUUCGUUGAACCGUGUUGGGAAGCCACCGAUACUGGAUCAGUCGUUCACUCUGCGGUGUGAGGUGACUGAACCUGUAUACUACAUUUACUGGCUGAUGAACGGCCAGCUCAUCUCCCUAAACAACAGAACAUUCUUCUCUACGGGCAACAAGACAAUGGUUAUCAAUCCAAUCCAGUUUUCUGACAAUGGAGAAUAUCUCUGUGAGGCCUUUAAUGCUGUUAGCAACCUGACCAGCAUGACAUACAAGCUUGUGGUAAACUUUGGACCAGAGAGACCUGCUAUAACUAGUCUGGAUAUAGCAAUGACAGGACACAACGUGACCUUCAACUGCUCAGCCUCCUCUCAGCCUCCCAGUCAGUUCAGUUGGAUCUUCAAUGACUCCCAGGUGGCGGUUGGCUCAGUGUAUGAGACGGGCCCACUGACCUUAGCCAAUAAUGGAGAAUACACCUGUGUGGCCUUCAACAACGUCACUGGCAGAAACAGAACUGUCUCCAAGAUGCUCAUUGUUGUUGAACCAGUGACCAUGGCCAUGGUGAAAGCAAUGGGAUCCCAGCCAAUUCUGAACCAGACAUUCUCUCUGACCUGUGAGACAUCUGGAACAAUUUACUCGAUUCAUUGGAUGAGGAACGGCUGGCCUCUGUAUGCUGACAACAGAACAGACUUCUCUAUGAACAACAAUACACUGACAAUCAACUCUGUCCAGCAUUCUGACAACGGAGACUAUAAGUGUUUUGCCUCCAACCCACUCAGCAACAUGACCAGCCGAAACUACGGACUGAUCGUCAACUAUGGUCCAGAGAGACCUGCUGUAACUAGUCCGGAUAUAGCAAUGACAGGACACAACGUGACCUUCAACUGCUCAGCCUCCUCUCAGCCUCCCAGUCAGUUCAGUUGGAUCUUCAAAGACUCCCAGGUGGCGGUUGGCUCAGUGUAUGAGACUGGCACACUGACCUUAGCCAAUCAUGGGGAAUACACCUGUGUGGCCUUCAACAACGUCACUGGCAGAAACAGCACUGUCUCCAAGAUGCUCAUUGUUGUUGCACCAGUAACCAUGGCCAUGGUGAAAGUCAUGGGUGCCCAGCCAGUAGCAGACUACUUGUUUACACUGACCUGUGACACUGCUGGAACCAUUUACUCCAUUCAGUGGAUGAAGAACAGCUGGCCUCUGUACGCUGACAACAGAACAGAUUUCUCUAUGAACAACAAUACACUGACAUUCAACUCAUUACAGGAUUCUGACAACGGAGACUAUCAGUGUUCUGCCUCCAACCCCCUCAGCAACAUGACCAGCCCAGAAUACAGACUGAUCGUCAACUAUGGUCCAGAGAGACCUGUUAUCAUGAGUCCGGAUAUAGCAAUGACAGGACACAUCGUGACCUUCAACUGCUCAGCCUCCUCUCAGCCUCUCAGCCAGUUCAGCUGGUUCUUCAACGGCUCCCAGGUGGAGACUGGCUCAGUGUAUGAGACUGUUCCACUGACCUUAGCCAGUCAUGGGGAAUACACCUGUUUGGCCUUUAACAAUGUCACUGUCAGAAACAGCACUGUCUCCAAGAUACUCACCGUCAUUGCACCUGUGACCAUGAUCAUGGUGAAAAUCAUUGGAGCCCAGCCAAUACUGAAUGAGAGAUUCUCUCUGACCUGUGGCACCGCUGGAACGGUUUACUCCAUUCAGUGGAUGAAGAACAGCUGGCCUCUGUAUGCUGACAACAGAACAGAUUUCUCUAUGAACAACAAUACACUGACAUUCAACUCAUUACAGGAUUCUGACAAUGGAGACUAUCAGUGUUCUGCCUCCAACCCCCUCAGCAACAUGACCAGCCCAGAAUACAGACUGAUCGUCAACUAUGGACCAGAGAUGCCUGUUAUAACGGGACCAGAAUUAGGAGAAACAGGACACAACUUGACCUUAAACUGCUUGGCCUCCUCUCAGCCUCUCAGCCAGUUCAGCUGGUUCUUCAAUGGCUCCCAGGUGGCGACUGGCUCAGUGUAUGAGACGGGCCCACUGACCUUAGCCAGUCAGGGGGAAUACACCUGUGUGGCCUUCAACAACGUUACUGGCAGAAACAGUACUGCUUCCAAGAUGCUCACUGUCGUUGAGGCUAUAAAGUCAGUGAUGGUGAAACUAAACAAAAUUCCAAUAUCAUCUGACAACCUAACCCUGACCUGUGAUGUCACCGGGCGCUAUGACACCAUCUACUGGAUGAAGGACAACCUGUCUCUGGUCCUGAACAACACCUUGAACUCUGACAUCACCAUCUCUAACAACUCUCUGCACUUCAGUCCAGUCAAGGUGUCUAACGAUGGAAACUAUCAGUGCGUUGCCACCAAUCUCUUUGGUCCACACACCAGCCCUAAAUACCAGCUAUUGGUGAACUAUGGCCCCCUGAGUGUGAACAUCUCUGGCCCAGUCUCAGUGGUGGUUGGCUCAGUAAUCACAGUCACGCUGAGGUGCUCUGCUGACUCCCGGCCAACCAGCGAUUACGGGUGGAUAUUCAACAACCAAUCAGUGCUAGGGACUGGUCCUUUGAUGGCUGUUAUCGCCUCCUUGGAGAAUGCAGGGGACUACACUUGUGUGGCCAAGAACCCUGUGACCAACAUCUCUAUGUCCAAGACCAUUAGUCUGGAUGUCCCUGGCCACUCGCCUGCCCCUCCAUUCCUGUCCAGAGUUGGUCUGAUGCUGACGGCCCUGCUAGCCCUCUCUCUCUGCCUCUGAUCAACCACUGAGACCACCACAGUAAGCACACUGCAUGUCUGUCUGCUGGCUGGGAGCCAAUCACUCCCUUCCCUCUACCUUCACUGACUCCCCUCACUGAUCUGAAAAAGGACUGGAUAGAAAUAAGUGGUUUUGUUUAUAUUGUACUUGCCCCAUCUUGCCACUAUAGGGCUGGGUUUAGUAUGCCCAGCUCCUUUCCAAUGCUUUUACAUUGUGAGGAGAGAGAACAAGAGGUCAGAUGGGAGGGGUCUAUCCCCUUAGAAUAGAACCUACCUCGACAGUGUGUUUUUGUCAAUCAUCUCUAUAAAUAAAAACAAAAAUCUUGAAAACUGGGGUCUUCAACAUGAUAAAUGAAAGGGCAAACAUCCACUGCUCAGCAGCACUGCCUACAAACUGUUUCUAAAAGUUCUUAGACUUGUGACUGUGACUGUUGCCCUGGAGUCCAUUCACUGAGUCCCUUUCUGUGUUGUUCUGUGUUUGAUCAUGUAUGUAAACGCUGUUAUUUAUGUACAAAUUUAGGUUUAAUUAACUUGUAAAUACCUUAAAGGUAAAAAAAAUCAAUUGAUAGUCACGUUAACUGGUGUUUAUGUAAAAUAUGACUUGUUUUUGCAUAAGCUUGUAAAUUCUCGGAGGAGACGCAGGUUUGUGCUGUUGUCUUAUGUUUAUAUUUCCUCUUCAUUAAUUAUUGUCUUAAAUAAAGUGUUGUCUUCUCACACCUGUCCUACUGAA